GGAAUUGUGAGCCUACAGUGUACGCAUAGAAAUAAUGGGGAAUGAAAACUCCACCCCAGCCCCACCGCAGCCACGACCCCUACCACCAUCAUCUUUGCCACCACCUCCACCAGCAGUGGCCGGUCAGAGAAGAGAAGCUCCUCCACCACCUCCAGCUGCAGUGGCCAGUCAAAGAAGAGAAGCUACUCCACCACCACCGCCACAAGCGGCCACUCAAGUAAGAGAGAGAAAACCCUCAGAAAUAGAGAACAAGAGGGAAAAAGAAGCUGAAAAGAACACGAAAGAUGGGAAACAAGGUCAUCAUCAAAACUUAAAGCCACCUGAAGCUGGGAGUCUCCCAAAAAACCUUCAAGACAUACUGAAGGAAGCUGACUUUCCCAUCGACAAGUCUUCCACGGUCAAGCUCUACGACCAGCUUUAUUCUUCUGGCCUCUUUUUAUCCCACAAGACCAAGAAAUUCUGGAUGAACAAGAAGUCGAAUUGCAACUGUUUCAUGCUGUAUGCAAGGGCACUUUCAAUCACUUGGGGAGAAGAUCAUCGCUAUUGGAAAUGGUUACAAAUCCAAGAAUCAAGUGGGACAAUGAUAGAGGCAGCUGAAUUGAAAAGAGUGUGUUGGCUAGAAGUGCAUGGGAGGUUAGACACAAGGAAGCUGACACCAGGAGUUAUGUAUCAAGUCUGCUUUCAUGUGAUGCUGAAAGACCCAGCACAGGGCUGGGAGGUUCCUGUGAAUGUCAGGCUUGUGCUGCCAGGAGGGAAGAGGCAAGAACACAAGGAGAAUUUGAUCAGCAAGAUGAGAGUGCAGUGGAUGGAGAUUCCAGUAGGGCAAUUUGUAGCACCAACUCAUGAUGAAGGAGGAGAAAUGGAAUUCUCUCUGUAUGAAAUUGAAGGUGGGGCUUGGAAACAAGGCCUUGUCAUCAAAGGAGUCUCCAUCAAACCUAAUCCCAAUGACUACAGAAUUUCUUCGGAUUGAUGCAAAUCAUGCACUAUGACAGGUCAUCUGGUAAUGUUCUAGAGUAAAAUAAAAACUGAUCGUGGAGUUUUAUGUACUAGUUUCAGCUUAUAUAUAAUCUGGUACUGUUCUAGAGUAUAAUAAAACUGAUCGUAGAGUUUUAUGUACUA